AGCCGCUUUGGGCCCUGGGCUGCAUGUCAUCGAGGCGGUGCUGCUUACUACGACCCGUGCUUAGCAGCGCAAAUGAUUGGAGCUCCUCGAGUCACAAAUGUUGCCCAGCCUCUUUUUGGACUGCCAUCCACCCCCCACAGCUGAACAAUAUUGGACUACCUAGUGGCUCAGCUGUCGACACAUUCUCUUUUUCUCCCUUCUCCUAUAUUUAAUUUUUCGUAUCUUGCCUGCUUUUUUGUCAAAGCCCUUCAGAGCCGAGUACCUGCCAACCCACGUCUCUAUUUUGUUGAACUGACGCGUUUUGCCAUGGAGACGGUCGGGCGUAGGUCUUCACAUAGGGUGAGGCGCGCCUCAAAGCCGGAUCCCCGUUUCUCCCAAUUCUACUACCCCGAUGCGGCAGGCGACAGCGUCGAACUUGCUUUGCGGAAGCGCGAGGAGGAAGUCAGAAUCAGAGAGCAAAUGGUGAUGGAAGUAGAGCGGGAGGCGAUGCGACCCCAGGACGACCGAAGGAGCACCAAGCGAGCAUACGAUAUCAGGAAGACGCGCUCUGUAGAGGUAGAGGCAGACCCCUUCCAUGAUAGCAGAGUCCCCAACACCCAUGACCCCCGGGAAAGCAGGUCGCGCCGCUACACUUAUGUUCUGCCCGGCGAGAUCAAGCCUCAAAUUUCCAAAGACGUUGCCCUCGUUCUGGACCCAUCCAUGGAUGCCAAGAACGUGACGGUGGAGCUCGAGAUGGACGUCUUCGCAGAUCUGGGCGACGAGCUCGAGGAAUUCAGUCGGCUUCGGAGACUGGGUCGCUUCAGUGAGGCGAGAGGGCUCUUUCACGAGAAUCUCGAGGCUUACAUCUCCAACCCCUACGUCAGAGUCCAGUACGCCGAGAUGCUCCUCGCCCAAGGCGACUACGCCAAGUUUGACACUAUCAUGACUAGUCCUAUUUUCUCCAAGGAUCUGCCGGAAGUCCCUGAAAACCGCUACCUGAGACAGUAUCAUGAGCUUCUGAGCGUCUUUCGUCAUCGUGACCACUUCAAGCGGCCUACUGUCACGUCGGAUCUUGGGUUGGACUCGCUUGUUUCAUGCCUUCAUCUGGACGCGGAUGUGCCAUUUUUCUAUGACGUCCUCUUGCUAUGCUUUCGCAUGUUUGUCCAAGAGAUCGCAGACGACGAUAGCAGCGCUUUUGACCCCCCACGCCGGAGUAGGAUUGUUUAUGCUGCGGCCUGGAAGAACCUGUAUGACGCCACAUUCUGCCGAGGGUGCGUCUGGGACGCCAAGGAUGUCGUCUCCGUCAUGGCGCGAUUCCUAGACUUGGAGACCAUUGGAAAACGGGUAAUAAUCGAAGACAAGUCAAAGCCCGGAUUGCUGAAGAAAGUCUGUGCCGAUUUCAAGCUUGACCACUAUGACGAAACAACCGCACUCGCUCUUCUCGAUCUCUGCACCACACUGGCUCUGCAAUUAGAUGAUGAUUGGCCUUUUUUCGCCAGGCGAAUCACGGAUUUUCUUGGACGUGCCCAAGCUAUUGCCGAUACUAUCAUGAGACACAGUCCUCAGAGCAUGCAAAGCAGACCGUUCAUCCAACUGAUCCUGGUGCAAUCGCUCCAGCGGCGGACCAUGACUCCGGACUAUGUGGACUCAUCGAGAACGCGUAUCGCCAACCACGAUGGCAUUCUACUCAGACAGGAUAUCGGCGUUGUUUUGCCAAUAUACGUCCCCGUUGGUAAACUGAGCUGGCCCUCAUGGAACCUUUUCCGCCUGAGUCCCAGUUCAGUCGACUCGCUAUGCGUUGCUCUCAAGAUUGCCAGGCAAAUCGGUGAUUACAGUUCCGAAGCUACUUGCUUGAAGCACCUCGUUUUGGCAGCGGAUUCACCUCGCAAAUACCUUGACGAGCUUGCCCAACUGCAAAAAAACGUACAGCACGACGAAGAAGGUUAUUUUGCAACUCUGUUGUCGAGUUUCCUCAUGGACCAGGAUCCAACGGCUCACCAACAAUGUGUGGAAAAGCUGAAGGAGUUCAGGAGCAAAUGCCACGAUCCUCCAAUGCACCCAAAGUUUCUGUGGGCAGAAGCAGUCAUCAUGUCCCAGCUCAGUGGGAAAUAUGACCCCCUUGCUACGGCAAAGGCCAACAUGCACCUAUUCGCUCACCUUCCGAUAUACAUCAGGGCCGCCUACCGCGACAGAGAUAUCACCCUAGUAGCCAGAGAGAACCGGAGAUCAGACCAACCAUCUCUCGUCGAAGUGUUGCAGAAGGAGCUGCAGGACACCGAUGAAUCCAGCGGGGAUUACUACUCGGAAGAAGAUGCCGAUAUACGAAUCGAAACUAGCCGCUCCAUGCGACGUCGGUCGGUGGACAUGGGUGUAUCCACAAGACGCCGGAUGGAUAGAAAUGAGGCCAAGGGAAGCCAGAGCGUGCGAUACGGGCUCCUGCCGCCGGCAGGGGAAGAUAUUUAUGGCAGGGACAGCGACGGCAGUUCAAUUUUGGGAUCAGAUCCUGAAAAUACGAUUAGGAUUCGCCAUGUCAAUAUUCGUCCUACCGUGGAAGAGCUCCGAUCAAUGCGUCCGUCGGGUCCCAGAGACGCGCCAGAUACAGGCGACCAUCUCAAGCCGCCACCACCACCGCAGAGGGGUGUACGAGAAGAAUCAGAUCUACGGGCAUCUUAUCUACGGGCACCACCAAGCAUGGAACUGACCCGAUUCUGGGCCCCCGAGACCGUCCUCGCAAGGAACCGCUCCGAAACCCGACCCGAACCGGUGGCCCCACCGCCACCGCCGCCGACUACGACCUAUCAAAAAGCCGCAAAAGCCGCAGAAGAGUACAUCAAGAGCUCCGCCCGCGCCCCCGCCGCCAAAGACAAGCCACGAAGCCGCUCGACCGAGGAGCCGACCGAGAAACGGCCCGCCGCCGCCGUGGCGGGAAAGCCCGAGGACCGGUACUCCAACAAGGUCCAGCUCGCGGACGUCAGCGACGAGGAUAUCCGGCCCAGGGGGAAAGAGGCGGCGCCUGAGCCUGAGCCUGAGCCUGAGCCGGAGCCGGAGCCGGAGCCUGAGCCGGAUGACUCGUGGGCGGGGUGGGCGACGAGCACUAGUAAGGCUAGGCGCAAGAAGAAGAAGAAGAAGGAGGGGGAGGAGAGAGGCGAGGGUGCGGCCGAAGGAGAUUCUGCGCAAGUGCUUUCUGUGGUUGAGUUCGACUAAGGGCAAAUCAUAAUAAAUUGGUAGGGCUGGACCGGGGCAUAAGGGGGUAAUCAAAUGACUUGGUCUUUUCUUGAUUAACAGUUAGGCGAGGAGGAACGGAAGGGGUUUAUGAUGAUGAUGUCGUUUGGAUUGGAAAACGGACUGACAAGACGAUGAUUCCAGUCACUUAUAAAUAUCAUGCUCGUUACUCAAUAUAACCCAACAUA